AUGACAGAUAACUACAUCUUCUUGACUGGUGCCACUCUACUCCUUUUCAGCAUCGCGUAUCAUCUUGUUUUGCCAUGGCUCUCUCCACUCAGCAGGGUUCCCGGACCUAUUUUGGCGAGAUAUUCACGGGCUUGGAAAUCAUACAAGCUCCUCAAAGGAGAUUUCGAAAAGUUGAAUAUUGAACUGCACAAGAAAUACGGUCGGGUUGUCAGGAUUGCUCCAAAUGAAUAUAGUAUCAAUGACUCAACAGCCAUCAAGCUACUGUAUGGCCACGGAACCAAGUUCCUCAAGACAUCGUGGUAUUUUGCUUCUGGAGGCGUGGACCCCAAAAAAGCUAGCCUAUUUGGUGCCACAAACCCUGUUUACCAUGCAAACGAACGGCGAAAGUUCGCUGCAGUAUAUUCCAUGACUACUCUCUUGACGCAAGAGCAAUAUGUGGAUAACUGCACGCGUCUCUUGAUGGAUGUGUUUUCCGACAUAGCCGAAAAGGGGUCUCAGAUUGAUUGGGCAUUCUGGAUGCAGCUAUACGCCUUAGAUGUGAUUGGAGAGAUCACUCUUGGAAAGCGUUUCGGUAAUAUCGAGGCAGGCAAAGACGUGGGAAACAUCAUAACCGCCCUGGACAGAUAUUUUCGAUACAUGUCCUUUGUGGGUGACUAUUCCCAGUGGCACCCUUGGCUUACCGCAAUGCAGCACAAGUUUUUACCGGAGCACCAAAGACUGAGCCUCAAAUACAUCACGGACUUUACAGCUAAUCAAGUUCUACUUCGACAAAGCGAGACGGAGGAUACUGGAAAAGGCGAUGUACUUUCCAGACUGAUCCAGGUACAUAAGGAUGAUCCCAAGAAGAUCAGUGAGCACGACAUCUUUCAAGCCUGCCUCGGGAACAUUGGGGCUGGGUCUGAUACCACUAGUAUCACACUUGGUGCAAUCUUCUACUAUCUUCUAACAAACCCGGAGGCAAUGGACACACUUCAAAAUGAAAUUCAGCUUAAGAAUCAAGAAGGGGGUCUGUCUUUUCCAGUGACUUUCGCCGAAGCACAGCAGCUUCCUUACCUCCAAGCAGUUUUGAAAGAGGCAAUGCGGUUGCAUCCCGCGGUUGGGUUGAUAUUACCACGCCAGGUUCCGGCUGAAGGCGCGGUCAUCGCCGGGGUUGCAUUUCCAGCGGGUGCGACUGUUGGCGUCAAUCCCUGGGUUGCACACUACAACGAAGAGGUAUUUGGACACGAUGCGGACAAAUUCAGGCCAGAAAGAUGGCUGAGCGACCGGGAGACUGUGCAAGAGCUCGAACGGAACCUGCUCACCUUUGGACAAGGCUCUCGGACCUGUAUAGGCAAGAAUAUCAGUCUGAUGGAGAUUAGUAAGUUGGUGCCAACGUUUCUGUCCCGGUUUGAGAUAGAGCUCGUGAAUUCCUCGGGGAAAUGGCAGACCUGGAAUGCUUGGUUUGUGAAGCAGUAUGAUUUGGAGGUUCGGGUCCACAAAAAGAAACAGAUCUCAUCUUGA